CUGCAUAGACAGAACAACAACAAAGACAAAAGACAUCAUAGUUAUGAAUCACUGAUUCCCUGUGCGCAUUAUUUUUAAAGUAUAAGAAGACGUAAUAUUUUCUAGCAAUUCGAUUGUUGUUGAAUUGAAAAGAAAAAAAAAUAUAUUCAAGAGGCCAGCAGGUGCUGUUCUCUGUUCUUUAUUUUUUCAUCGUGUAAAAUGUGUUCAGAGACGGAAGGGUCGUGUAGUUGGAUGAUUUGGCCCCUCUCCUAAUCUCAGCACUUCUCCACAACUCGUUGAACUCGUAGUUUCAUCGCAGCUAAUCGGACUGUACUUUAUCUCAGGAUUGUCUGACGAGAGUGAAAGAUGGAGACAAUCAGCCGCAAAAUCCAGGGUCUCACGCAGCGCACUUUGGACUCGACUGUCGGCGGCGCCAAAGAAGCAAUUAUCCGGGGUGGCGCCGUCCUCCUCUUAGGUUCUGUCAUCCUCUGGAUCUCCGUCUUCAUUUAUGUUGCCUUCUACUAUUCGUACAUGCCUUCGAUCUCACACUCGAGACCUGUUCAUCUUCAAUUUCAGCCGUGUGAGCCUCAGCAUGGUGUGUGCAGUUUCCCCUCGGCUCAUGUUCAGCUCACCAAAAGACACCAGUUGCUCACAUUUGGCCAGAAAUACCGAGUGUACCUGAAUCUGGACAUGCCGGAGUCUCCAAGAAACAAAGAGUUAGUUAAAAAUUCGGCAGGCAUGUUCAUGGUUUGUUUGUCGAUGCGAGACAAAGAUGGCACUUUGAUGAGCCACUCUUGCAGAUCGGCAAUGCUGCAUUACCGAAGUGAGCUCCUCUUAACCAUGAAGACGCUCCUGUUCUCUCCAUUCUUAAUCUUUGGACCAAAUGAGGAGAAACAGGGAGUGAUCGUUGAGCUUUUUGCUGAUUAUGAAGAAGAUGCGAUGAAGCCAGCCACAGAUGCAUACAUUGAGAUACAAAGCAGAAGUGUGCAAAUAUAUUCUGCCUCUUUGCACAUCCACGCUCAUUUUACUGGUCUCCGUCAUUUGAUGUUCCAUUGGCCCAUUUUGUCGGCAUCAAUUGGAAUCAGCUCAAACUUGUUCUUCCUGGGUGUUAUUUGUGCUCUCUCAUAUUUCCAUUUGACACGGAGCACGGAGGAAGAAGGAAACGAAGAAAUGACAGAUUUUGAUUUGUUCCAAGGAGAUCUUGAUGAGCUCUAUGAAGAUGAAAGCAAAAACGAGGAGGAACAACGAGCCAAAGAAAAGGCUAAAGAAAUUGAAGAGGAAGAGACUAAAUCUGCUGCUGUGAGUAACGACGAUGUGCCAGUUAAAGGAAAUGAUUUUGAGGAAUAACCUAUAGAGACUGUUGAAUUAAAUUGCCAUCCUUUCAUAGACUACCACUAGCUAGUCAACAUUCCAAACACAAUGCUCAUGCCUAUAUUUUUAAAAAUAAAAAUUUAAAUAUUUUCCCUGUGCUCUGAACAUGAUUUUUCGCCCAUAGCUGGUGAAAUAAAUAAUAAUUCAAGCAAAUUUUCAUAUUAAAAGCUGUUUAUUUAAUUUCGCUCACAUUAACAAGAAGGCAUAGUUGAAGUGAAGUUUCAUUAAGGCCAAUGUUGAGGCUUCACUUCUUGCAUAUUUCAUAAAUUUCGUAUAUAAGAAACAUAGGGUGGGAACAAUCCAAAAUUUCAGUUUUUCAAUAUAAUUAUGUAACCAGUCUUUGACACAGACAACCUACCAAAAUGAAACACCAGAUCCAAAUUGCAGAGAAGUGUUUAAAAACUAAGAGUUCACAUUUUUUAAAAGAAAAUAAAAUCAAAGACAGUGUUUUCAUUAAGAUUCUCACAUUCAGAUCAACUAAUUUCCCGCAGUAAAAUUAUAGAUAUUGUCUUCCUUACGAGAAACAUUAAAUUAAAUGAUUCAAGCAGUACAUACCUGGGCAUUAAGUACUGUAUGCGACUGUCACGGUAUUAAGUUAAAUGUUAUUUAAGGAAUAGCAAAUCAAGAUUCCUUGCUUACAUAGUUUCAGCGCGUCAUUUAAAAUUGUAAAAUUGAGAAAGUGUACAUCGUGAUUAUUUCUCAGUGGUCAAAUCAAUCAUCACCGGACUAUUAUUAAU